UCACUGUCACCAUGUUGCAAGAAUUUUGGCGGAUCGGGUGUCUGAGUGAAAACAUGAACUUCGUGCGCAAUGUUUUGAUGGAUAAGAAAAUGUUACAGACCUCCGUUCCAGAUUACUCGAGUCGGGAGACGCACCUUUGAUCGGGACAAACUCUCCGAAGAGUUUUUAGGUUAAUUAAUGGUUGAAAUAAAGACCCUUAGACUGUUAGCGUGGACUCUGUGGAUACUGGACAGUCGAGGCUUUCAUGGGUUUAACAAUUAAACAGUUCGGAUGAGAAGCUUGAUUUUCCAACCUGCUGAGAAGCAACCUGUACCUUCAGCUGAUGCCGAAGCAUCCUGUAAACUACGGAGACAGCUGAUGAAACUUUUUCAUUUUGACACUUUGCUGCAGUAAAACCCAAACAGAGCACCUGCAAAACUGUCAGUUAUCUUACUGAAGUCAGAUAUGGAAAUGAUCAACGGGUCUCUGCAGUACCCCUCCAUACUUCACGCGGACUUCGGCGCGCUAAAUGACUAUAUGGAGGAGAACGACACCAACUCCACCGCUGGAGAGCGAAACUGGCUGAACUGCGUUCAGAUCCGGAUCCCCCAGGAGCUCUUCUUGGCGCUGGGGCUCAUCAGUCUGGUGGAGAACAUCUUGGUCAUCCUGGCGAUUAUUAAAAACCGAAACCUGCACUCGCCUAUGUACUACUUCAUCUGCUGUCUGGCCGUGUCCGACAUGCUUGUCAGCGUCAGCAACGUGGCGGAGACCAUAUUCAUGCUUCUUAAUGAUCACGGUCUUCUGGAUGUGCACCCUGGUAUGCUGCGCCACCUGGACAACGUCAUCGACGUGAUGAUCUGCAGCUCUGUGGUAUCCUCUCUCUCCUUUUUGUGCACCAUCGCCGCGGAUCGCUACAUCACCAUCUUUUACGCGCUGCGGUAUCACAGCAUCAUGACUACUCACCGAGCCAUCAUCAUCAUCGUGGUGGUGUGGCUGGCCAGCAUCACGUCCAGCAUCCUCUUCAUCGUGUAUCACACCGACAAUGCUGUCAUCGUGUGUCUCGUUACCUUCUUCUGCACUACUCUGGUAUUCAACGCCGUGUUGUACCUGCACAUGUUUGUCCUGGCGCACGUGCAUUCUCGGCGCAUCGUGGCUUUCCACAAAAACAGGCGCCAAUCCACAAGUAUGAAGGGUGCGAUUACUCUCACGAUCCUGCUAGGGGUCUUUAUUUUAUGCUGGGGCCCUUUCUUUCUACACCUUAUCCUCAUCCUCGCCUGCCCCACCAGUUCCUUCUGCAACUGUUUCUUUCGAAACUUUAACCUUUUCCUCAUUCUCAUCAUCUGUAAUUCCCUCAUCGAUCCGCUCAUAUACGCCUACCGGAGCCAGGAGCUGCGUAAAACCCUGCAGGAGAUGAUCCUGUGUUCUUUUUGCUUCGGCGUGUGACAUUGUACGCAUUCAGGAAAAAAGGCGAGGGCAAAACAUCGUCCACUAUCUUCAACAUUAGUUACGAAGAUAAAACAAGCCAUAAGUGAUAUUUGUUUAAACUUACAGAUGUUGCCCGUGCAAGAGUGCACGUGAAAGUUGAAGACUCUCUCAUAUAAUAGACAUUUAAUAAAUAAAACUGGGUUUGUGUUAGUUGUAACCUUAUUUAUUAUUGCGUUACACCUUUUUUUUUUUUUUUUUUUUUGGCCACACACUGUGAAACAUGGAUAUUCUCCAAAGAGGGAUCCUUAGAACUCUUUCAGUUAACAGUGUCACAAGAUCACUGCUGCAAAUUAUUGAAGCAGAAAAACUCCUUUUGGUUUUAUUGCUUUUUCAUUUGUAAACAUGUUGAGUUUUUGUCUAAAAAGUGCCUCUUCUGGUGGUCAGAAUAUGCUGUCUUAAAACAGUUUUUUUUUUUAAAGCUAUUAAAUAUUAUGUCAACAAAAUAAAAAGAAAAGUUACUUCCAUUUUAGAAUGACCAAGAACAAAGGCCUCUACCUUAACCCCCCCCCCCCCCCUUUUAAAUAGCAAAUGCUUUUUUAUUUUUAAGAAUGGAUGAUGAUGCGCAUCGCACCCCCCCCAAAAAAAAGAGAAGUACUGAGUCCCUUGCGAGUAAUGUCAAAUUGCUGCAGCUCACACAAUUUAUUUAGUGUAGUAACGAAAUUGGAAUUGCUCAAACAGAGCGGGGAACAGAUGAACACAACUUAACAGGAGAGCGCUGUAUCAGACAAAACCUUAAAAUAACACUAUGAGGCAACAUUAAAAAAAUAUUGCUGCAAAAAUAAAUUUUACAGUAACUAAAGAAAAAAAAAUGGGGACAAAAAUCACAUGAACAUGCUUGGUGGUAGGCCCGAGGCUCAUGGCAUAAGAGGGUUUAUGAAAGAAGAAAGAAGCCAUGUCAAAGUUACAUUUCUGGAAGUUUGUGUAGUUUUGUGUAAUGUGCAAAUAAGGGACGGUUUGUGCUGGAUUUGUUAUGUAGGACAAACUUGGAAGGAAUUGGGCCAGAUGGCCAAGAUAAAACUGUGCUAUAGGACGGAGCAACGCCAAGUCCAGCAAAUACGCGGCUCUACCAAAAGACCGCAAGGCUUAAUUGCAUUAAUUAAUUAAUUAACCUUAAUUAAUUUCAGUAGGAGCAGUUAUUCUGAAAAGAACGAUGAAGUGCAAUCCCUGGUGUCGUGUUCGGGGCCUACAUUUUACAUUAAUUAUUUUAGAAGCUGAAAUCCGUGAAAAGAAUUCCGACGUGAUGCUGGGAAAUAAGGUAUGUGGGUAAUCAAGCUGUCAAAAAUUUAACAUAAUGAUGGCAGCAAUGCAAUGUGUAUUGUGAUUACUAAAGUGGACUGUUGUACUCUAAUGUAGCUCUAGUAAUUCACAUAGUUUUGUUCUUGAUAUUUUUCCGUGUAUUGUUUUCUACCGAAUUUGAUUUCGAACCAUUCUUUUCCUCUUUUUUUGUAUACUUGAUUUAAAAGCCUAACCAUUUUUUUUUCUUAUGGUGUUGGCUUGUUAUAGAACUGAUAAUAUACUGCAUUGUCAUGUAGAAGUCUUUAAGAAAACCUCUGUUAAAUGUAAUGACAAUUGGUGCUUCAGUAUAAGAUCUGAAAUGAACACGAAUCAAUCCAUACUGUAAAAUGUAAAAUUAUAAAUGUGGGUGUAAAGAAACAGCUGCAUGUAUCCAGUGUAAACUUGAAUAGUCUAAAACAGGACCAUGUUGUUCUGUAUGCCAUGUGUCAUAUA